AUGUCCUCAAUAGGCCCCGAAAUUCCUCCCCACCUUCUGGACCGGAGCGAGCACACUGAUGAACAUGACGCAGAAGAUAUUGGCCCUUCGGUCGUGGGUCCUCAAAUACCUCCGGAACUAGUGAAGCAACAGCAACAAGAUGAUGAGGAUGACGAAGAUGAUUAUGCACCCGCCCUGCCACCAGAGCUCCUCGCUGCGCGUCAAUCAGGCCCACCAAAACGAGUUCAAGGCCCAGCUUUACCAACCUACGACGACGACUCGGAUGAUGAUGUAGGACCGAAACCGCUAUCAACAGGACAAACCAGUGCCUACGAAACGGACGGCGUCAAGCAAUUUAUGGAACAAGAAGAAAAGCGUAGGAAGAAAAUAGAGGAAGCAUCUCGGCCUAAAGCACCCAAAAGAGACGAAUGGAUGCUAGUGCCUCCUUCAUCCUCUGAUUUACUCGGGACCUUGGACCCCACAAAACUCAACAAACCUCGGCAGUUCGCUCGGUCCGCUGCGCCUGCAAAAGAGACGGAAAAUAACCUGUGGACAGAGACACCUGCUGAGAGGCAGCAACGACUCGCUGAUGAAGUGUCUGGGAAGCGACGGCGGGCUGUGAAUGCUGACAACAGUAUGAGUGCUGAACAGGCAUUAGAGGCAAGGAAGAGGCAGAAGAUGGAUGAGAGCAUCCGGAAGGGCGUGGAGGAGCAUACUCGCAAAGUUCGCGGCUCGGCAUUGGUCGAUGCUCAUGCAAAGUCAGCUGGCAAGAAUGAUGACGAAGAGGAUUCAUCCAAGGCUAUUUGGGACCACACUCGUGACAUGUCCAUUGGUGGCCGUUUGAUGGAUGACAGUACACGACAGAAAAUGUUGCGAGAUGCAAAGAGUCUCGGUGACCGGUUCGGCGCUGGGAAGAGUGGUAGUUUCUUGUGA